AUGCCUUCUCUUACAGCGUCUCCAGAUGCUGCCACUGCUUCUCAAAGUGUAAAGCAGAAUGGCAGCAUUCCGUCGCCCUCUCCACCCAGCAUCAUCGAUAUUCGUGGUGAAUAUGUCGAGAUGAAUCUGAAGGACGAGAUUGCCACUUCUUUCAACCCUGACGAUGGCCCAAGAAAGCUCCCCACUCUUCUUCUGUACAACGAGAAAGGGCUACAGUUAUUCGAGGACAUCACAUAUCUGGAUGAGUAUUACUUGACAAAUUAUGAAAUCGAGAUCUUGAAAAAGAACUCGGCAGAGAUUGCCAGCCAGAUUCCUGAGGGAUCCAUGGUGAUCGAGUUGGGAAGCGGAAACCUUCGCAAGAUCUGCUUGCUUCUACAGGCCUUUGAAGAGGCCAAAAAGCCUAUCCAAUACUUUGCUUUGGAUCUAUCUCUCAAAGAGCUUGAGCGUACUUUGGCUCAGGUACCUGACUUCAAAUAUGUCUCGUGCCAUGGCCUUUUGGGUACAUAUGAUGACGGAAGGGAAUGGCUGAAGCAUCCCUCUCUCACGAGCCGUUCGAAGUGCAUCAUUCAUCUCGGUUCUAGUAUCGGAAACUUCACACGAGACGAGGCAGCUGAUUUCUUGGGAGGGUUCGCAGAGGUCCUCACACCGUCCGAUUCCAUGAUCGUCGCGGUUGACUCUUGCAGUAACCCAGCCAGGGUUUACCAUGCAUAUAACGAUUCCAAGGGGGUUACCCAUCAAUUUAUUCUGAAUGGCCUUGACAACGCCAAUGAGAUCCUCGGCGAAGCAGCUUUUAACCCAGGUGAGUGGAAGGUCAUUGGUGAGUACGUUUAUGAUGUCGAAGGUGGGCGACAUCAGGCAUUUCUUGCUCCUACCCGGCCGACAGAUGUCCUCGGAUCGAAGAUCAUGCCUCAUGAGCGAGUAUGGAUCGAACAAAGUCUCAAGUAUUCCGAGGAAGAAAAGACAAAGCUUUGGAAGUUGGCAGGUCUGACCGAGAUGGGCUAUUGGAGUCGCGGAGAUGAAUAUGGCCUUCACCUUUUGAAGAAGUCGAGCAUGCCGUUCAGUCUGAUACCGUCUCUUUACGCCGCAAAGCCCCUGCCAACAGUCCAUGACUGGAAGGCGCUUUGGAAAGCAUGGGAUAUUGUGACAAAGGACAUGAUUGCCGACGAAGAGCUUCAAGAGAAACCCAUCAAACUGCGCAACGCGUGCAUCUUUUAUCUUGGUCAUAUUCCAACCUUUCUCGACAUUCAGUUGACCAAGACUACGGGUCAACCCCCGACCGACCCUGCGUCCUACUAUUCCAUCUUCGAGAGAGGAAUCGACCCUGACGUAGACAACCCAGAGCAUUGCCAUUCGCAUUCAGUGAUUCCUGACGAAUGGCCCUCUGUUCAAGAGAUCACUGAAUACCAAGGAAGGGUCAGAUCUCGUCUGCAAAAGCUGUAUCAGAAUGACCAGGACAAGAUCCCUCGAGAGAUUGGCCGGGCCAUUUGGGUUGGCUUCGAACAUGAGCUGAUGCAUAUUGAGACCUUGCUUUACAUGAUGCUCCAAAGCAACAAGACACUUCCUCCACCGCAUACAGUACAGCCCGACUUUACAAAGAUGGCUCAGCAAGCGUACAAUGCUAGAGUCCCUAACCAGUGGUUUGAUGUUCCUGAACAGACAAUCACGUUGGGCAUGGAUGAUCCCGAGGAUGGCGCUGACCUCUCGCGUCACUUUGGCUGGGAUAACGAGAAACCAGCACGUCAAGCGAACGUCCAUGCAUUCCAAGCUCAAGGCCGACCUAUCACCAAUGAAGAGUAUGCUCAAUACUUGUACAACUCCAACAUCGAUCGAGUUCCAGUUUCAUGGUCCUCAGUCGCUUCUGACAAGCAAGAUGGGGCUACCAACGGUCACCACACUAAUGGCCAUGUAAAUGGUUACUCCAACGGAAAUGGAAAUGGCCAUCACGCAAACCAGGUUCCCGACUCAUUUAUCGAGGGCAAGUUUGUUAAGACCGUGUAUGGGCUAGUUCCUCUCAAGUACGCUCUGGACUGGCCCGUAUUCGCUUCGUACGACGAGCUUGUUGGCUGCGCUGCGUGGAUGGGUGGUCGAAUUCCUACCUUUGAAGAGGCCAAAAGCAUUUAUGUACACGUCAACAAGCAGAAGAAGGCCGAAGCUGAACGUAUCCUGUCCAAGACUGUUCCCGCAGUUAAUGGGCACCUUGUCAACGAUGGUGUAGAGGAAACCCCGCCAUCCGAAUCUUCAGCUUCGGUCAAGGAUAGCUCUUCUGAGCUAUUCUUUGACCUGACCGAUGCCAACGUCGGUUUCCGCCACUGGCAUCCCAUGCCGGUUACCUCUCGGGGCAACAAACUUGCUGGCCAAGCUGAGAUGGGCGGCGUCUGGGAAUGGACGAGUUCAGUUCUCGAACGACAUGAAGGGUUUGAACCCAUGUCCCUGUAUCCUUUAUACACGGCCGACUUUUUCGAUGGCAAGCACAACAUUGUCUUGGGCGGUUCGUGGGCAACUCACCCACGUAUCGCAGGACGGGCAAGUUUCGUCAACUGGUACCAGAGGAAUUAUCCCUACGCAUGGGUAGGAGCUAGACUGGUACGGGAUAUCUAA